CUAAACUAACUUGGAUUGAGAACGAAUAGGGCAAAAGAAUGACACAGGAAACCACAAAAUCAACAAUUUGGUUUUGAUGCUGUGCCAGAAAUCUUCUGACAAUGAGCUACUGGAACUUGGAGAAAAGAAACUGUGUGCAGUACCGCAGGCAUUUUCUGGUGGACAACAGUGUGUUUCACGUUGAAAGAUGCAUGAGUGUGAUGCAGUCCGGGACACAGAUGAUCAAACUGAAACGUGGAACCAAAGGGCUCGUCCGGCUCUUUUACCUGGAUGAACAUCGGACCCGCCUCCGAUGGAGACCCUCAAGGAAGAGUGAGAAGGCAAAAAUACUUAUUGACUCCAUUUACAAAGUCACCGAAGGUCGGCAGUCUGAAAUAUUCCACAGACAAGCUGAGGGGCACUUCGAUCCCAGCUGCUGCUUUACCAUCUACCAUGGCAACCACAUGGAGUCUCUGGAUCUCAUCACCUCCAACCCUGAGGAGGCCCGCACCUGGAUCACAGGCCUCAAGUACCUGAUGGCCGGCAUCAGUGAUGAAGAUUCACUUGCCAAGCGGCAGAGGACCCACGACCAGUGGGUAAAGCAGACCUUUGAGGAAGCUGAUAAGAAUGGUGAUGGCUUAUUGAAUAUUGAAGAGAUACACCAGUUGAUGCAUAAACUAAAUGUCAAUCUGCCCCGAAGGAAAGUCCGACAAAUGUUUCAGGAAGCUGAUACAGAUGAGAAUCAGGGAACUUUGACAUUUGAAGAAUUCUGUGUUUUUUACAAAAUGAUGUCAUUGAGACGGGACCUUUAUUUGUUGCUCUUGAGCUACAGUGACAAGAAAGAUCACCUAACUGUGGAAGAACUGGCUCAGUUUUUGAAGGUGGAACAAAAGAUGAACAAUGUGACAACAGACUAUUGUCUUGACAUCAUAAGGAAAUUUGAAGUUUCAGAAGAAAAUAAGACGAAAAAUGUUCUUGGCAUAGAAGGGUUCACGAACUUCAUGCGUAGUCCUGCUUGUGACAUAUUUAAUCCAUUGCACCAUGAAGUGUACCAGGACAUGGAUCAGCCUCUGUGCAACUACUACAUCGCUUCCUCUCACAACACAUACCUGACGGGGGACCAGCUCCUUUCCCAGUCCAAGGUGGACAUGUAUGCACGGGUGCUACAAGAGGGCUGUCGCUGUGUGGAAGUUGACUGUUGGGAUGGCCCAGAUGGAGAGCCAGUAGUACACCACGGUUAUACUCUCACUUCAAAAAUUCUCUUCAGAGAUGUUGUGGAGACCAUCAACAGGCAUGCCUUUGUGAAGAAUGAGUUCCCGGUCAUACUGUCCAUUGAGAAUCACUGCAGUGUCCAGCAACAGAGGAAGAUUGCUCAGUACCUGAAAGGAAUAUUUGGAGACAAGCUGGACCUGUCAUCUAUAGACACAGGAGAGACCAAACAGCUUCCAAGCCCUCAGAGUUUGAAAGGCAAAAUCCUAGUGAAGGGCAAGAAGUUGCCUUAUCACCUUGGGGAUGAUGCAGAGGAAGGGGAAGUUUCUGACGAAGACAGCGCAGAUGAAAUUGAGGACGAGUGCAAAUUCAAGCUCCAUUAUAAUAAUGGGACCACUGAGCAUCAGGUGGAAUCUUUCAUAAGGAAAAAACUGGAGUCAUUGUUAAAAGAAUCUCAGAUUCGAGACAAAGAAGAUCCUGAUAGUUUCACAGUGAGGGCACUACUGAAGGCCACACACGAAGGCUUAAAUGCACAUCUGAAACAGCAUCCAGACGUGAAGGAAAAUGGAAAGAAAUCACAUGGACGAUCCCUCAUGACCAACUUUGGAAAACAUAAGAAAACCACAAAAUCACGGUCUAAGUCUUAUAGUACUGAUGAUGAGGAAGACACACAGCAGAAUUCUGGCAAGGAAACUGGCCAGCUGUACAGGUUGGGUCGCCGAAGGAAAACCAUGAAGCUCUGCCGAGAGCUCUCUGACUUGGUGGUAUAUACAAACUCUGUGGCAGCCCAAGACAUUGUGGAUGAUGGAACCACAGGGAAUGUGUUAUCAUUUAGCGAAACAAGAGCACAUCAGGUGGUUCAGCAGAAAUCGGAGCAGUUCAUGAUUUAUAACCAAAAGCAGCUCACGAGGAUUUACCCCUCUGCCUACCGCAUUGAUUCCAGUAACUUCAACCCUCUGCCGUACUGGAACGCAGGCUGCCAGCUAGUGGCACUGAACUACCAGUCUGAAGGGCGAAUGAUGCAGUUAAAUCGAGCCAAAUUCAAGACAAAUGGCAAUUGUGGCUAUGUCCUCAAACCCCAGCAAAUGUGCAAAGGUACUUUCAACCCUUUCUCUGGUGAUCCACUUCCUGCCAACCCCAAAAAGCAGCUCAUCCUGAAAGUGAUCAGCGGACAGCAACUCCCCAAACCUCCAGACUCCAUGUUUGGAGACCGAGGCGAGAUCAUUGAUCCUUUUGUUGAAGUUGAAAUUAUUGGAUUGCCAGUAGACUGCUGUAAAGAUCAAACUCGCGUAGUAGAUGACAAUGGAUUUAACCCUGUAUGGGAAGAAACCCUGACAUUUACAGUACACAUGCCAGAAAUAGCUUUGGUUCGGUUCCUUGUGUGGGAUCACGAUCCGAUUGGACGAGACUUUGUUGGACAAAGAACCGUGACCUUCAGCAGCUUAGUGCCAGGCUACCGGCAUGUCUAUUUGGAAGGACUGACAGAAGCAUCCAUAUUUGUCCACAUAACAAUCAAUGAAAUCUAUGGAAAGAACAGACAGCUCCAAGGUCUGAAGGGAUUGUUCAAUAAGAAUCCCAGGCACGGUUCUUCAGAAAACAAUUCCCAUUAUGUUCGGAAACGAUCAAUUGGAGAUAGAAUUCUGCGACGCACCGCCAGUGCUCCAGCCAAAGGCAGAAAAAAGAGCAAAAUGGGUUUCCAAGAAAUGGUAGAGAUAAAGGAUUCUGUGUCUGAGGCUGCGAGAGAUCAGGAUGGUGUCCUGAGGAGGACCACACGGAGUCUGCAAGAGCGCCCUGUCUCUAUGCCUGUUGACAAAAGUCUGCUGGGGGCUUUGUCCCUACCUGUAUCUGAAACAGCAAAGGACACUGACGGAAAAGAAAGCUCCCUGGCAGAAGAUAAGGAUGGAAGAAAAGGGAAGGCAAGUGUAAAAGACCAACAUUUUCCAAAUUUCAACAGAAAGUUGUCCUCUUCCUCUAGCGCUCUCCUACACAAAGACAUCAGCCAAGGCAACUCCACCACGUCUGUUGCCAGCAUGGCAAUCACGGGAGAACCGUGGGGAGUGCCAGGUCCUAAGGGUGGGAGAGCCAAAGCAAACGUGUCAAGUGAUUGCCGGGAACAUGAAUGCCCCAGCCAAUCCCUCUCCCCGCGGCAGCGUUUGGUUCUUGAUCCUGCCAUUACUCCAGCACAAGGUCUGUGUGGUGUGAAAACCAAGGAAAGUGGCAAUGUGGGGGGUUCUGUGGAAGAGAAAAGCACGUUGUCAGGAAGCAUUUUCUCUCAAAGCAAUUUGGAGAUUAAGAACUUGGAAGGUCACUGGGGUAAGGGCCGAGCUGCAACAUCCUUUUCGUUGUCAGACGUCUCUACGCUCUGUUCUGACAUACCUGACUCACAUUCCACUGCCGUUCUGCAGGAGAGUGAAAUUUCCCAUCUUAUUGACGAUGUCACUUUAACGAAUGAGAGCGAGCCAGGCAGUUCCAUCUCUGCCCUGAUUGGCCAGUGUGAGGAGGCCAGUGAGGAGGCAAACCUCACAGUUGUUUCUCACGUCCAUGGUGCCAGUGCCGUGUCACGUCAUUCUCCCUUGCCCCCCUUGGAUGGAAAAUUGCCUUUCAGGCAUGACUUUUCCAUGGGAAAACCCAGGUCAUCCUUCCUGUGCUCAUCUCCUGAGCCAAUUGCUUUCUCAAGUCCCGAGACUUCCAAACACUCCACACACACAGUUUGCGAAACUACCUGCACUCCUGUCUCUAAAACCAAACCAGAUGACAACCUUUCUGGUAAGGCCAAGAUGGGGGCUGUGGAAAACAGCCUGCCUGGGUCCUCUAACACUUCUCACUGCCAGUUACCAAAAAGUCCCAACCAUGGAAAAGACUGGGAAAUGCUAAAGAACCACGGCCCUGCCACUUGCACGGACUCAACGCUGGAAGAUGUAAUAGCCGAUGCCACUCUCUGUUUAAAUUCUGGAGAGAGCAGUCUCGUGGAAAUGGAUGAGGACUCAGAAAACGUGUCUAUAACAGCCUAUGAAUAUAGAAGAGAGGACACAAGUCACCUUGAUUCUCCUUUAAAACUGAAGUACGGUCAGGAUGUGGUGGAACAUUUUCAAAGAGGUUUGAGAAAUGGCUACUGUAAAGAGACUGUCCACUCUUCUGUCUCUGAAAUCUUCAACAAUAUUCAAGAUGUCAAAAAUCAAAGCAUUUCUUGUCUAGCCUUUCAGGGUGCUGGUUUUAUGCAUAACACCUGCUCAAAUUCAGAUGCAAAAACGAACCAGACCUGUGUGCCCCUGUCUAGUGAUGAAGCCACGCAUGCCCCCAUCCCCAAGCAGCCCACACAUCCUCCCCUGCCUGCUCUGAAGCUGCCCAGUCCUUGCAAAUCCAAAAGUCUGGGGGACCUAACGUCAGAGGACAUUGCCUGCAACUUCGAAAGCAAGUACCAGUGUAUCAGUAAGAGCUUUGUUACAACUGGCAUUAGAGACAAGAAGGGUGUGACUGUGAAGACAAAGUCCUUAGAGCCUAUAGACGCCCUGACCGAGCAGCUGCGGAAGCUUGUGUCUUUUGACCAGGACGAGGGCUGUCAAGUGCUCUACUCAAAGCAGGAUGCCAACCAGUUCCCCAGGGCACUGGUCAGAAAGCUGUCAUCCAGAAGUCAGAGCAGAGUGCGCAAUAUUGCCAGUCGUGCCAAGGAAAAGCAGGAAGCCAACAAGCAAAAAGGUGUAAACCCCAGCCACGCGGGAGGAGUGGUUCUUCGAAACAAGCCGUCAGCGCCCCUGCCUGCGGGCAACCGGCACUCCACCGGCUCCUACAUCGCAGGCUAUCUGAGGAGCACCAAAGCUGGGGGCCCGGAGGGCCGCGGCAUCCCUGAAGGGGCGUGCGCAGCCUUGCGCCCUGGCUACGUCGACCAGUUUUGUCCGGAUAAUUCUGUUUUGCAGACCGAGCCAAACAGUGAUGACAAACCAGAAAUUUAUUUUCUUUUGAGACUGUGACUUACGUAAAGCUGCAUUUUCAGUGUUUACAAGGUAUUCCGUAGAGUUGUCAGAGUUUUCGGUAAAUACGGUCUUGGCUUUGAAAUGAUUUUAAAAUGUAUUUUUAAACUUGUGCUUUGGUCUCCCUUUGACUCCACAUGUUCUCCUGUUUAUGUGUUUGUAUAUAGAUUGGGGUGACAUUUCCCAUGUGCAUAUGAUCUCUCUUCCCCGAAGUGUAAAUGCCGUCAGUAAGAAAUAUGUGCAUGCCCUAGGUGUGACAGUUCUCAGCGGCUUGGGUUAUGAUGUGUGUACGUUUCUUUACCACCCCCUUUGCUCUGUGUCCUCAGAUCACAGUCACAAAUGUAGUCAGUUUUACUCUCUAAUUGCUGAGUUCGUUAAGAAACUUUGCAAAGGACAAAGGGGUACAUUCUUUAUUUUAAAGCUAUCGUCAUCAUUCCUAGUUUUCCUUCUUCGCUGAGAAGCCCAAACUCAUUUUUAUAACUCAGCUAAAAGAAGAUUGAAAGAGUUACCCUACCUUUUAAGAUUUCUCCACCCCAGGCAGAAUAAGAGUUCAAAGGAGAUUGGUAGCUGUUCCCCCCACACCCUCUCAUUUUAGAGUAGGCUGGGAGGGUGUGAGGGAGAAAACAAACUUCUGUAUAUAGAGACAAAAUUGUUUGUUUUACAUAAAUUUUGUUACAUAUUUUUGCUAACGGCUUUGUAUGUAACAAGAACACAGUUGCCAAGCUAUUUGUUGUACUUUUGAAUUUUCUGAUUAAAUUAUAGACUGCAAAUAAUGGCUUUCAGAACGAGGGACUUCUGUCAGACGCUAACAAUAAUUGUAGCACAGAUUGAAAACAUCCCCAAAGCUGUCGAGCAAAAAAAAAAAAAAACAUUUUUCUCAUAAUAAAAUCCAAGUAAAUAGAUAAUUAGAAGAAACCUUUUUCCUUCACGGAGCCACGUAACUAUAUUUUAGAACCAACAUACGUUAUUUUCACUGUGAAUCCAUUUUUUAUUGCAUGUUCAGAUGUCCCUCUCUGCUUUUUUGUAAUAUUAACUGCAAUGAUGUUCUUCUUGGA